AUGGUUGCAACAAAUCCAGGAAGCAUUGUUGAGUUGCGGCAUUCAAGUGAUGGACAUUUUGAGCAACUCUUUGUUGCUCAUUCGGUAUCUAUCCAAGGGUUUGUAAUGAGGUGUCGACCAAUCAUAGUUAUUGACUCCGCCCAUAUGAGUGGGCCAUAUAUAGGUGCGCUAUUUUCAGCGACCACAUACGAUGCUAAUGACGCCAUGUUCCCCUUAGCCUUUGGCGUGAUGAGCUCAGAAAAUUAUGACGAUUGGUCUUGGUUUUUGCAAAAUUUGAAGAAGGUUGUUGGAGAUAAGGAAGUCGUUAUUAUCUUAGAUAGACAUCCUGCUCUCCUUUGUAGUGUUCCUAAAGUGUUUGGGCUUGCAAACUACUAUUACCGUCACUUGAAGGAAAAUUUCAGCUCUUUCUUGAGCAAACAUAACACAAGAAGGAACAAAGGUAAAGUAAAUGCACUCCAAUUCCUUGAUAGUAUUGCCUAUGCAAGGUUAGAGCACGAUUACAAUGUUUCCAUGUUUGAACUACAGAAAUACAAUGACGCUUUGGCCAAAUGGGUUGAAGAAAAUGAACCUGAACAUUGGGCUAUGUCCAAAUUCCCAAAACAAAGAUGGGAUAAAAUGACCACAAACCUUGCCGAGUUGUUUAAUGCUUGGCUAAGGAAUGAAAGACAUCACUCCAUUUGUACAUUUCUAAUGGAGCAUAUGGCUAAGUUAGGUUCUAUGCUUGUCAAACAUAAAGAGGAAUCAAACAAUUGGAAGGGAUGCAUAGGGCCAAAAAUUGAAGAAAAAGUGCAACAAAAAAUUGCCAAGGGUGAGGUGUAUCUGGUCACUCCUUUCAUGAAUGGAAUAUUUGGGAUUUCUAUCAGAACCACCUUCUUGAAUGUGGACAUUAUGAAGCGUACUUGCACAUGUAGGGGUUGGGAAAUGUUGGGCAUCCCUUGUGAACAUGCAACAACCGUUAUUCUUUCCAUUGGUCAGAAUGUUGUUGAUUUUGUUCAAGAUUGGUACAAAUUCCCAAUGCAAGAGCUGAUUUACUCAGGCUCCUUCUCCGGUAUAGAGACCCAUGACAUGCCAAUGGUCGCUAAUGAUGGUUUGGUUCGAUCUAUCACUGGUGAAGUUUUCCUCUCUCUUAACCCUCCCCAUACCAAGCGGCCUUCCAGUAGACCAAGAAAGAAGCGCAUUGAGUCCCAAUUUCAAGAUAAACGGAUUGUCUCUUGCUUAAGAUGUCAUACUUCCGGGCACAACAGGAAAACAUGCAAGAACCCUUUGUCUUAA